AUGGCAAGUAUGAUGCACAACAAUCUCCCAGUCUUCGACGGAAAAGACUUUGAUGACUGGUGCGUUAAAAUGGAGGUGAUUCUUGGGUAUCAAGAAGUUGAUGAAGUCGUGAAACAGGGAAUUAAAGAAACCAAAGAAGAUGAUACAGCAGCAGCCAAGAAACUUCGCAAAGAAGAGCGUCGUAUGGAUUGCAAAGCUAGAAUGCUUCUUCAUCAAUGCGUUUCUCCAACCAUCUUUCAAAAGAUCUCUAAAGCGUCUACUGCCAAGGAAGCCUGGGAUAUCCUCCAAGAAGGAUAUGGGAACACGGGAAAAGUCAAAGAGGUGCGACUACAAGCGUUAGAGCGCCAAUAUGAGCUUCUGGGCAUGGGCACAGAAGAAACUGUGAUAGAAUACAUGGGUAGAAUCCAAACUCUUGUCAAUGACAUGAGAGCCUGCGGAAAAGUGGUAAAGGAUAGAAAGCUCAUCCAAAAAGUUUUGCGUAGUCUAACGCCACAGUAUGAUCAUAUAGUAAUCACCAUUGAAGAAUGCAGAGAUCUUGAAACGCUGAAAAUUGAGGAAUUACAGAACUCCCUCGUUGCCCAUGAACAGAGACUGUUGGAAAGAAAAAAUGUUGAGAAAGCAGAAGCGACACAAGCAACGAAUCAAGCUUUCCAAGCAAGAACAAAACCAGGUUUCAAGAACCGAGGCAGAGGUAGAGGAAGAUCGCGUGGUGGUGGUGGCCCGCGUGGUGGUGGUGGCCGAAAUGGAGAAAGAAAUGUGACAUACUCAGAACAAAGCGGUGAAGAAAAUGGAGAGAAUGGAGGUAGCAGAGGCGGUAGAUGUCCGAGAGGUAGAGGCAGAAAAGGCACAGAUAAACGGAACAUACAGUGUUACACCUGCAAGAAGUAUGGUCACUACUCGUAUGAUUGCUGGCACAACGAGUCGGCCCAAAAGGGUAAAAGUAGUGAUACUGCAAAUCUGGCACAGGAUGCCCAUGAUUCUGAAUCUGAAUUGGUGGUAUUAAUGGGUGUUGCAAGCAAAAUCAGAAAAGUAGAUAAAGAUCUGAUGACGAAGGACAUGUGCUNCAAGAAUGUAGAUUACACGUUACCUAUNGACAACACAACACGGCUGAAAGACAUGUCAAAGAUAAAGGACANNUGUUGUCAAACAGGUACACANAAUAAAUGCAUUGAAAUCGUGUCACAUGCAGAUGAAGGANAACAUGCAAUAGGAAAAAUAAAGGACAGACGCGUUAUGUUNACAAACUAUAACCAAGACCAUGCGGAGAAUGAUCAGAGUUGGUAUCUCGACACGGGAUGCUCCAACCACAUGACUGGAAGAAGAGAUUGGCUGGUUGAGUUAGAUUCGAGGAAGAAAAGCAAGAUAAGGUUUGCAGAUGACAGCACGGUUAUGGCAGAAGGAGUUGGCAAAAUCUUGCUCACAUGCAAGAAUGGUGAAACUGCUUACAUGGAUGAAGUGCUGUUCGUUCCCACAAUGAANAGCAAUUUACUAAGUCUUGGACANNUUCAUGAAAAAGGCUACACCAUGAAUAUGCGCAACAACUCAAUAGAAAUUUUUGACAAACAAGAUCGUCUGAUAAUCAAGGCUCCAAUUGCCAAGAAUCGAACGUUCAAAGUUAAUCUAAAUGCUUCUACCAUACAAUGUCUAUCGUCUAUAGGCGUUGAAGAUGAAAGCUGGAAGUGGCAUUACAGACUAGGACACUUAAACUUUAAAAGUUUAAGCUUGCUAAAUAGCAAGGAUUUAGUAAAAGGAGUUCCAGUGAUAACGGUUCCAGAGAAGUUGUGUGAAGAGUGUAUUCUGGGCAAACAAACCAGAUCAAGGUUUGGGAAAUCUGCACCAAAACGAGCCAAACAGCCACUUGAAAUCGUGCAUGCAGAUGUUUGUGGUCCAUUUGAGACAACUACGUAUGGAGGUAAUAAAUAA